GUGGUGGAUGGCAGAUGGUAUAGUAUAUAGUAUGGAUGGGUGACGGGUGUGCUUACCUAAGCGAUGAUACGGGCGGUGAUCCCACCGCCAGGCAGUCAAGAUGCCGUCUAACCAGAUGAAGCCGGGCGCGACAUGGCCAUUGUGUGAUAUCGCAUUCCAUAGGCCGCUUUACCGAGUGCACUGCGUUCUUGCCAGCUGAUUGACUCUCUUAUAACUCCCUCACCCCUUGGAAUCUCGCCCACGAUGACCUCCCUCUUCUUCUCCACCCCCCUCGACAUCGAUGUGGUCCUCGAAGACAGCGAUGAGCGCCAGACGGUUGACGUCAAGCUCGACAAGGGCCGUCGCGAGAGGGUCCCUCUCUACAUGGAUGGAGAGUCUGUUAAGGGAGCUGUGACUGUCAGACCCAAGGAUGGAAAGCGCCUGGAGCACACCGGCAUCAAAGUGCAGUUCAUUGGCACAAUCGAGAUGUUCUACGACCGCGGCAACCAUUACGAAUUCCUCUCGCUGGUACAGGAGCUCGCAGCCCCCGGAGAACUGCAACACCCUCAGACCUUCCCAUUCAACUUCAAGAACAUUGAAAAGCAAUACGAGUCGUACAACGGUAUUAACGUCAAGCUACGAUACUUUGUCCGCGUGACGGUCUCCAGGCGCAUGGCGGAUGUGAUUCGGGAGAAGGACCUCUGGGUCUACUCCUAUCGCAUGCCCCCCGAGACCAACAGCCCCAUCAAGAUGGAUGUCGGUAUUGAGGACUGCCUGCACAUCGAGUUUGAAUACUCCAAAUCCAAGUACCACCUCAAGGACGUCAUUGUUGGACGCAUCUACUUCCUCCUCGUGCGGUUGAAGAUCAAACACAUGGAACUGUCGAUUAUCCGACGUGAGACCACCGGCUCUGCGCCAAACCAAUACAACGAAAGUGAGACGCUGGUGCGGUUUGAGAUCAUGGAUGGGUCGCCUUCCCGAGGUGAAACCAUUCCCAUCCGUCUGUUCCUCGGAGGAUUCGACCUCACCCCGACCUUCCGCGAUGUGAACAAGAAGUACUCGACACGUUAUUACCUCAGUCUGGUGCUUAUCGACGAAGAUGCCCGCCGGUAUUUCAAGCAAUCCGAAAUUGUCCUCUACCGUCAAGCUCCCGAAAUCGCCAUCACGCCCCAGAUCGCUCAGCAGCAACAGAUCCAGCAGCAGCAGCUCCUUCAACAGCAACAGCAACAGCUGCCCGCGGGUUCCGCGACCGCCGGGCCUGGACGCGGAGGAGACCAUCAGCCCCAAUUCAGCCAGCAAAUCUCAGCCCCUGCGGCUUAGUCCACGAGAUUCAUCCAUCUCACAUUGUAGCGAAUAGACCGUCAUGGGCUGCUGUAUCAGGCUUCGUUUGAUGUUCUCCAUAUACCCUUCCGUCGCUGUACUUCUGUACCCAAACCCUGUUUAUCAUGAAAUCUCACCAACAUGAAACUCAUUACGAAUAUGUCUAUACUUAAUCCCACCCAUGUACUUUCCUCACAGGCCCGAAAGGACAAAAGGCAGCAAGCACCUCAAAACACAAAAAACCACAAUCUAACACUCAGAAACAUGCAAUUGUAAUAACUAUACUAGUCAUACAUACAACAAGG